AUUUUGUGCUGUCAAAAAUAAAUCUAAGGUUUUUAAAAGAAUUUAAAAAAAUACAAACUACUUCAAAUUCACCGAGAUAUUUACGAACGCAAGUUAUUAAAAUCUUAAACAAUUUAGUAUAGUGGAGAAGUGCAAAGAGUUGUAUUAACGUUAUUCAUAAAGUUUAGUUCGCGCCUCGACAAUAACAGGCAAACCGGCAGCCAUGUUGUAAUUCUUGUCAAGCAUCAUGGGUUAAUAGUUAAGAGUAUGCUGGCAAUAAAUUGCUAAAAAAAUUGUUGUGAAAAUAUGCGAGACAGUAAAUUUUGUGUAUAAACUUAGCAGCUUUUAAACGGUAGUUAAGUGAAUCGUCUAGUGACCGCGAAAGUAAUGUUUCUGCGCAUUUUUACGGUCAGAGUGCAAUGUCGUGCUAGCUAGCGCAGGGAGUCGUCUACUGCCUGGCCAACGACUGCCAGCUCCCAGCAUCCCCAAUUGCGGGAGGUGAGUAAACGGACGUCGGGACCGUUGUUCUAACGUCUUGGGGUCGCGUCCGGUGCCGGUUUCAGCGAUAUGACACGUGCGGAGUAGUAAACAAGGAAUUUGGGCAAUAAUGGCCAACUUUCUAGGCAAGGAUCAGGCCACGUACGCGAAGGAACGCGAAGUGUUCCUUCGGGACUUGCAACAUUUUCAUGAGAUUCGAGGGACGCCAUUCAAGCGGGCCCCUACUCUCGGUGGCAAGGAGGUCGACUUAUACCUACUUUAUACCCUGGUAACUUCGCAAGGAGGUUGGCUGAGGAUUAACUCGAAAAAUACGUGGUCUGAACUGUUGCCGGUAUUUAAACUAUCUGCGUCUUGUGUCAAUGGAAGCAUUGCUCUAAAACAAAUCUACUUAAGAUAUUUGGAUCGGUGGGAGAAAGUCCAUUUUCUUCACGAAGAUGCCGACCGAACCAGUGACGACGACGAAGAAAGUAGGCAUAAGCGAUGGUCCGCGAGGACUUUGCAUUCCGUACCUUGUAACUACAAUUAUGCUCAGCAUAUCGUAGCAGAUGCCAAUCGAGAACACAACCACUUGUCAACUAAUCUGUACAAACAAUCUGACUACGACCGCCUGUCUUUGUCCCUCAUUUCUCCCUUGCCCAACGAACAAGAUUUUGCCAUUAAUGUCUGUACAUUACUCUCUAAUGAUGGAAAGCAUACGCUGAAACUGGAAAAGCACCCAAGAUUAAUUAACCAGUUACUUGGUCAUGCUGGUGUAUUUAAUCAUAGCUCCACACGACAACUGUUCACUCACUUCUACAACGUCAUAAGAAAGAAACCCAUCCACAACUUCUGGAAAGAUGUGCUCGAAUCGCAAGAAUAUCUGGAUCUGACAAACGAAACAAAGUUCAAAGCUGCGGAAACAGAGGUACCUUCAAAAUCGGAACCGUUGAUUGCUGGCCAGGAGGAAGAAAUUGCUGCCAUUAUCGACCUAAACAUUUCGGGACAGUCAGACGAACUCUCUGAAGAAAAUGCGGACAGCGUGGACUGUGAGAUAAUCGAAGAGAAUUGUGAUAGUUUUAAAUUAAAAUUGACUCCGGACGAUAGUGACUUGUUUUGUUUGAAACGUUCCUUAGGAACGCAGGAUUAUGUGGGUCAGAGGGUACUACAAAUCGCUACCAUCCUAAGAAACCUUAGUUUUAUUGAAGAAAAUGUUCCGAUUCUAGUGAAAAACACUUCGUUUAUAAGAUUCUUACUAUUGUGCAGUAUUUCCCGUUGGAAUGUGCUUAGCAAUCUAGGAAUGGAUAUGCUUUGCAACAUUUCCUCGGAAUUCAUCAUCAGAGACUUACAAAGUGAUCUGCUGGCUACUAAAUUGCUGAAAGUCGUGAACCAUGGUUUAAAAAGCGAAGACCGGGCUGCGUGUCUAACGUCCCUCGAAGUAUUGAACAAACUAAGCCAGAACGAACAGAACGAGGACGUGAUGCAGAGGUUGUUGCAGAAGCACGUCUACAAACAUGUGUGUUCUUUCCUCACGCUCCAUGACGUCAUGUUGUUGAUCUACACCUUGGAAUGUCUGUAUUCGUUGUCGUCACUAGGAGAGAAAUCUUGUAACUAUAUUAUUAUUAAUCAUGGUGUGAUCGACACGUUAGUAUCGUUAAUUACUGUCGAAGGUAAAAGUUAUGGACCUAAGGCCUGUAUUGGGAUGAAAUUGGUGGAGACUUUACCUAGCGGAAGUGCUCAGCAGACACAGGCCCCAACACCUGUUCAAACUCCGCCAAGUAGCCAAAACCAGUCAGUCUCGGUGACCAGCACAACGGUCACAGUAGUCAGUACCUCCAGCUCGAUGUUAACCUCGAUUAAUCCCAUUAAUACAAUAACACCUGUAACAACCUCUAUAACUACUCCAAUAGUCAACAGCAGUCCGACGCCUAAAUCAGCACCCAGUACACCUGUCAGACAGGUUCCCAUAGUACCACAAAGGUUGAUGCCAAUAAAUCCACCACCAGUAACAACAACGGCAGCGCCGAUUUCAUCUGUAAUUCAUUCUACAUCUACUUCAAUGUCACCACUUCAAAUGAUCCAACAGCAACAUGCUCAUCAACAAGCUAUCCAAGAAAAUGAACAGUUUGCAUUGGCUUGGCUGAGGGCUACUUACGAACCUUGUGUCGCAGGCAAAGUAGACCAUCAAGAAUUGUACAGACAUUAUUUGAAUUCCUGUUCAGCAAUAGGAAGGAAGGGAGUUAUUUCCCCACUGCAUUUUCCAAGAUGUGUACGAUCUAUUUUUGGCGGCACCGUGGGUCCGAAUCCGAUGAAGCCGACAAACGCGUCCGAUCCACAGUACUACGACGGUAUCAAGGUGCGAGACAAACCCCUCAUAAUUAAUCUUCCUCCCUCCUCAGUACCCCAAACCAAAAUCGUGACAAUCCCAACUCCUACUAAAACUCCACUGGUGCGCCGCAAAUCCUCGGUACAACCCGUACAAGUAGCGCCUGCGCAGGGACAGGCCAAUACUCUGACGGUCAUAGCAGACAAUAACCUGGCGGCGGAAGCCGGUAUGGCUUCGUCUCCCGCCUCGCCCAUUCUUAAGGCGCAACUUAGCGCACCGCCUAAACAAAAGGACUCUUCACCUGUAUCGAACAAAGGCGAUAUGAAAAGUCAGGCUAUGGCUCACCCACACCUCAGUCAAGCUCUCUUGGGCGCUACAGCAGCUUCAACAUCUACUGCUACAACCACGAUAACUGUAUCAAGCGGAGGGAGCAGUAAGGAAAACCAGACGAUGUCGACUUCGACGGCAGCAGGUCAGACAAGUAACACAUCGCUUAUUAAAAGCCUUCUGGCCACAAAGGUAAACGAUUGCAUGUCAACAGUGAGCAUGAGGACUGCGACAGACUGUCAAAAUGUAGCUCAGGUAGCUGCCCGACAACAACGCCUUCUAGCCCAGCAAGGCCAACACAUGCUAGAUAAGACAUCAAUGAAGGAAUCACCAAAGAACGUUCGGCUGAAUGGUGUUAGACAACUGUUUACCGAUGCAGAAAUUGGGGAUCCUUCGGUGUCCUCCACCACACAGUUCACGGAUCUGACGAAAGGAAAGAAAGAACCACCCCAGCCACCACCUCCGCCUCUGGCUCCUCUAAGUAACAACCUAAAAGGGGGCAGGUCACAGAGGAUCGACAAUGAAGACAGCGAUUCUCUGGGAAACCACUCUCUGGCAUCCAGUUCUGGAAUAGGAACUGUAGGUAUCGGAGGCGUCUCUUCAACCGAAGACGGUGACAACUCCUUGACGAGUUUUGAAGGUCUACUUAACGGCGUGCCCAACUUGGACAACCCCGCCAACGACGAUAGUAAUUCCAAAGAUUCUGUAAGAAACGUUGCUAGUGAGAUAUCUAUUAAUAAACCCCUUAGGUUAGCUGACCUUUUAGAGAAGAAAUUUGAAAAAAGCCCGCCCCUUCUGAACGGCACUAUGGGCAAAGAUUUAAGACUGGGAGACAGGUCCAUGGAUUUGGUGGAGAAUCACAUCGAAAAAGCUUUGAGCCGGGAUAAGGAACCGCACACUGAGAAGCCUCAGAAGAUGGAGAUUGUUGAAGUAAAGGAUGAACCACUACGGGAUAUGCUAUAUCAGGCUGGUCUGAAGAGGAGCGCCUCCGAGGAGAUGAUGGAAAUAGAAGCGAAGCGACCUCUGCUGGUGAGUAAUGUAAAUGGAUCCACUGCUGAUUCUCCAGCUCCGGAUUCCUCCAGUUCGAACGGUGACGACGGACCGUCAACCGUCUCUACUGCGGCGGCUAAAUUAUUCGCGGACAUAGCUGCGGAUAUUUUGGAGGACGAGGACGAAGAGCAGCUUCUCCAGGAAGCGGCCCAACCGAGUCAUCCGCCACAGAUAGUCGCCGAACAACAGAUGCAGAUACAGGGCCAUAAUCCCCUUCAACAGAUCAUCGUCGAUAAUAGUCAGCAAGUUCUAUUGGCACAACAGAGGCAAAUCAUAGUGUCACAAGCACAGCUGCCGACUACUAACCAGAUGGUGUUUUCAACAGGAGCCACCCACUUGAAGACACAAUCAGGCCAAACAGUAAUAGUUCAAAACACGUCUGGUCAACGACCAAUGAUGUUGGCCGGACAAAAUGCCGGCCAGAUCCUUCUUUCUCAGGGUCUUCAGGGCCAGAUGCAACUAGUUGCUAGCUCCCAGCCAGGUCAAUAUGUAAUCCAGACUAGUAGUGGAAGUGGACAGGGAGCUGCGUAUGUGGUUGCACCACCUCAGAACGCGAUGGUACAUGGAGGGCAACAACAAACUGUUCUGCUGGCUCAGACAUCACAGCAGCAAGGUACUGGUGCGAAGACAAUUAUAAUUUUGCAACAGCAACCGCCUUCGGGGUCUGCUACUCAGCAUCAGAAGGUUGUGGUGACACCACAAGGACAACAAGUUGUCGUAACUCAAGUUCCUAGGCCCGUAAUGCACACCUCCUCAGUGUCAAACAACGUCUCCCCCGUUACCAAAGUGAUCAAGACAAUGGCGAGUAACAACAACAGCACGACCACUAUUUCGGCGCAACAGAGUACCCAUCAUUCGUCUCCUAAUGUAAAUAUCAUAAUGUCUGAUAAGAAAGAGGACAUCAAGAAACACAAAAUUGCCAGAGAUCUCACGACGCCUUAUAUUUGCGACUGGGCUGAUUGUUAUGUAGAAAGGAGGUUCAGGUCUGCCAACGAAGUGUACCUUCACGCUUGCGAGGCGCAUUGUCCUUUGGGAAGUGAAGAAAUGAUUUGUCAGUGGGACAGAUGCGACAACAUGAAACGGAAACGGUUCUCCCUUAUGACUCAUCUCCAUGACAAACACUGUAAUACUGAGGCAAUGAAGCAAAGUUUGUUAAAACGAAAGCAGGCAGCUCAUAGCAAACACGUGGAGACAGCGCCACCAUCAUCAACUAGUCCACAUCCAGGUUACGCCCCUGAUGCAGCUUUACAUGCGAUCAAAAGACACGCUUUGGAAUUUGUAAAUCCUAAGGAGUUACAACUGAAAUCUUCGAUACCUGUCACUUCUGGUUUGACGGCAGUGGUCACCCGUGGUGGCCCCCAACUUACCUCAGACCAGGUGAGGUGUCGGCUUAUAGAUGACAAUGAGGGUCCAGUUACAAAAAGUAUUCGCCUGACAGCAUCUCUAAUUUUAAGGAAUCUUGUCAUUUACUCCAGUCAAUGUAAAAGGUACUUAAAAUCGUACGAAUCCCACUUAGCAAACGUAGCGCUGAGUAACGUCGAAUCCUCGAGGACGAUAGCACAAAUUCUGUUCGAUAUGAACGACGGCUCGACGCACAGGUGACCUAAACGUAAAAAAAGUGACUGGAGUACAUGAACAAUUUUGUGAAGAAUUGUGAAUAUAAAAGAGAACUUGUGUAAAUUAUUAAAACAAAGUGUACAAAAAUAUUUAGUUGGUUAGGUCGAACGAGUAAGAUGCCUAAUUCUUAUUUUUUAUAUUAUUUUACGUAGUGUACGGAGAUAUUGGACUCGACGAGUUAUUUCUACUGUGAACACCCCAAUCCCUUCCUUCCCCCCAACAUUUAAACUGGAAAUAUUAUAACAGAAUGUUUAUCGGUGCAAUUCAGAACUAAAUACCACUUGGGGAAUCAUUAAACGCUAUUAGAAAAGAAAAAUCGUUGAAAUAGUAAUUUUAUUUAGAGUUAUUCAAAAUCAGUUUUUAUCAGAAUUUUUAAAAUUUACCUAUACAAAAUAAAAGUCGACAUUUCGGCUUCAGAGACAUUGUUUAUCUCUGGCAUUGGUAAGCCACACAUUUUUAUAUUAUGGCGGGUCUAACGUCAUCUGUCAUAUACUUGUGUGUAUAUUCGAUGCUGUUAUAUGUCACGUAGCGCAUCAACAACAUUCAGUAUUUUAUGGUACUAUUACCGUCUAAAAGGCUUAAAAAAUGAUAUUUUCAGCAAUAUUUUUUUGUAUAUUAUUUAUUAUUUAUGACAAUUAAUUUUUUUUUAUAAUAUACAAAUUUUGAAGAUUACAAAAUUAUUGUUUUUAUUGUUCCUGUAUUUUAAAGAUGGCGCCACAAAUUGUUUGUCAAAAAAUUACUGUCCUUGGCGGACAGUUAUUCCCUGGAACGACAAGUUUAAAACAUAAAAUUCGAGGAGGGUUCUAAGAAAGAAAUGCUCUUACGUGAUAGUUUACCGGAAAAAUUUAAACAAAGUUAAUAAUGUUAUUGUCAUAUACAUACAGUUAUAUUAUUCGCAAAAUUAAAUUCCGACAGGGGGCGCUCAAAAUUUCAAAGAUGGACGAUAACUCUAGGAAAACAAUUCAUUUUGUCAUUUGACCUCACAGUUCUAAACUGUUGAAUUAAAAUCAUUUACAGGAGUGUUUUGCCAAAGUAACCACUAAGUUUUGCCACUAAGACAUCUUAGAGGUUAACGACGACUCAAAAUUAUGUUUUAUUUGUAUGCAUUCAUUAAAUUUUGAUACCACUGAUUUGUUUUACCUUUUUUUCAUAAAAGAAUCUGCCCCCCCCCCCCCCCCCCCCCCCGAUAAUCACACAGCGUUUUAAAAAUUAUUAAUCUAUCUUAGAAUUUCUAAUUGUUUUUAAUUUAGUUAAUAGGUACACUACAAUUUAUUUUACACCAACAGAUAACAAUUUUUAAUUAAAUAAAAUGUGGAAACUAAGUAGGUGAAUUUAUUUUAUAAUAAUUGUGUUCUAGAAAUUAUGAGGUGGUCGGAAUAUUUUGCAUAACAAUGUACAUUCUAUGUACAGAAUAUACAUUAUAUUUUAUUUAUUUAUUUAAUCUCGACACCUCACGGUAGAAGAAAACCGGAUUAUAUAUAUUAUUUAUUUAAUUUUACAGUCGCUUAAACAAUAAAAAAUACUACGUUUCAUACAAACGUAAAAUUAACAAAAUGUGUGAUUUGGCAUUGGUUAGUUUACGUCAUUACGUAGAGUAUAAUAGGAAUGAAUACUGAGGAACACUGCAAUAGUUUUUUUAAGUCGAAAUCAUUGUUAAUUACAACAUAAACUGACCGCAAAUAUGUACACAAAUUAAUGACAAAGUCAAUGUUUUCCUAGAGUUGAUGCUUUUCAAAUUCGCCACCAGGCGUCGCCCACUUUGCGGUUCCUCGCCAAUACUCCUUUAGAUUUACGUCACUAACACUGUGGCUAACUUCGCGUCUAUUUACUUUUUUUACGUUUCCCGUGAAAUUCAUACUUUUGGAACUGUGUUGGACUUAAAUACUGCAUUUAGAAUUAUUUCAUUAAAUUUAUAAUUAUUAAAAUGUAUUAAAUUCAUGCAGAAACUUGAAUUUUCAACUUUAUAGUUUUUAUUAAGUAUUGUACAGCACAACCAGUUUCACUUUGUAUUUCAAAUUUGGAUGCGAACUGGUGUUGACGUUCGGUUUUUCCAAAUUUUUUAAAUUCUAUUUCACGGUAUCAAAAUAAAAUUCAGAAAAUAUGGAAAAACCGAACGUCAACAACAGUGCCCAUCCAAAUUUCAAAUACAAAGUGAAUCAGGUCGUGCUGUAGGUAAACAAUUUUUUAAAAUUGUUUUUAAUUAUAAACAUAUUUUCUGUAUAUUAAUAUUCGUAUUAUCAAAAAUAGAGAUAUUCUUGAGCAAGGAGUACAUUUUUUACACACUUCAUUUACAAUUAAUGAAAGCGGAUAUCUGAUGGGAUAUUGUAAAGAUAUUCUUUAGACUUCUACAAAUAUAUUUCAAAAUCAAAAGUAGCCAAAGCAGUCCAGUCCUUUUCGAAUUAGAAAAUAAAAGAAAUUUAAAAAUGAAUAACCAUUUUCAAUUUCGUUGCAACACGAAACUACAGCCGCAUCAUUAUUCCAGUUCAAUCAGAGAGUGCAGCAAGCACCUCUACCGGUUUCGAAACUUAUUAGUCUCUCAUCAGGAGGGACAUAUGCUGCUCUCUCUGACCCAACUAGGACAAACCCGGCGUUCAGUCACGGAUUACAACGAAAGAAAUGGCAGGGAUGCCCUAGCGGCAACUGCUAGCAAAAAAGUAAGUUUUCAAUCUAAUAGCACAUAAAACAACAUCCAAAAAUGUUAUUCUACAUCCUACCAGACUGAAUACAAUGGGAACCUUCUCUGGUAACACCUCCGAGGCUUCUACAAUUUGCAAGCCAUAGCAUCCCUUAAGGCUUUCAGCAUUUACAUGUUUACUCCGAUUGGAGUACGAAGGGAAUCAUUCUCGUUGGAACUUUACCUUGCUGAGCAGAUGGGACGUGAAUUAUAAAUUGUAAAAUUCCCUCAUCUUCGUUAGUUUCAGCAUCCGUUAUGACUUACAAAUUGUAGAAGCCUCGGAGAUGUUACCAGAGAAGGUUUCCAUUGUUUUCAGUCUUGUAGGAUGUAGAAUAACAUUUUUGGAUGUUGUUUUAUGUGCUAUUAGAUUGAAAACUUAGUUUUUUAAAAGAAAAGAAAUUUAAAAAAGAAGAAUCAGAAAAAAAAUUGAGAGAAUCAGAAAAAAUAGAGAGUGUCAGAAAAAAUGGGAAGGAGAUAUCCUUUCUAUAUGGAAGGAUGUCACAAAAAGUUGUGUGCAGUGACUGCUGAAGGCAAUUGAUUUUAUUCCCCAUCGGGUAAAAUUACUAGUCAGCACGAAUAAUACAAUAUGUAAUUUACUACGAUAUGUUAAAUUUUAACAAAUAAAAUAUAUACGGAAAAUUUUAUGAGUUUGGUGUACAUUCUCACUAUUUCUAAUAAUUCUUCUUUUUUCAAUGAAAGAUGCAAGAUUGCAAUGGCAAGUUUAUUUGAACUGUUAAUAGCGUGAGGUAGGAAUUUUUAUGUUGUAUGUUUCCUACUCUGAAGCUGCCAAAAUGCGUCUGAAUUGAGCGAGAGUACUUUAUUACUUUUUUUCUAUAGUAAAACAAAAAAUCGUUACACGUGAAAAAGAUGAAGAGUUGAUUUACUCAACAAGGAGAGUUCGUUAUACAAAUGUAAACAUUUCUCAUUUAAUAGUAUAGAACAACUAUGUAUAUAUUUCUACUAAACUUUUAUUUAUAUCAUAUUAGUGUGGAAUAUUUGAUAAUUUUAUGUCCGUAUUACGACAUUUGCAUUGACUUAUGACAGCAUCUGGGCACCGAACAACAUCUGGGCGAGUUUGCCAAUUUUUGUCUUAAAUUUCAAAUGUUUUAAAUGAGUAAUGUUUCACAAUGUGAAAUAAAAGUUUAAAACAACAAAUUAAAUGUAAUAUUCGGAAUUGUUAACAUGUAUGAGCUGUCAGACAAAAAUACGGGUACAAAUUAAACCAUGGUUUUUGUUGCAGUAAAUGUAAGAAUAUGUAUCCCAUAUGCAUCGGUACAUUUUUUGAAGGUCUGCGGGUACCUGUCAGAACUGUAUAUCAUGUGGUUUUGGGUAGAACAAAUGCCAGUUAAAAGUGACGCAGAAUUAAUUAACAUAAUAAUAAAUAAAUAAUAAAAUUGCUUUAUUAUUUGCAUGUUAAAAAUUAUAUCGAUCAGAAGUCAAAAUGUUAAUAAUUCAGAAAACAGUAUGAAACCUCGAGCUAGUCUACAGUACCACUUUUUUCAGUCACAUUUUUUUUGUCAAAUUGUGGUAAACUUACCUAUCCAAUAGAAAACCAAAACAAACAAAAUCCAUCAAGGCAGUGAUUCUCAACCUUUUUGAGUCAUGUACCACAAAUAAUUUUUUUUGGUACCACCUAACUGAAAUACGUUAGUUACUGAAAUACAUGACAUGUAUCUCCUUCGGGUCGGUAAAUUAAAGCUGUCAAAUGUCACUAGGAAUACAAAUCGGUAACUUUACAGCUCUUGGGUAUAAGUGAGAAUCCAUGAGAAAGCUAACAAUACAAGAUGUAAAAGUAUAACCGUAUUUUGGAGAAAGGUAAAUAAAAUAUAAGUCGCGCGACUGACAGCUGCCCGAAGUAAAUUCGUUAUAUCUUGCAAUUAGCAUCGAAUAUCUAUGUAAUUUUUGAGUUAUUCUAGGACAUUCUAGACGGUAAUAGUACCUUAAUUUCAAAACAACACAAAUAAUUACAAUGACAAAGCUAACACUAUCGAUGUUCUUGUGAAAAAAGUGAAAGAACUAAACAACACAAGCCUCUUAACUAAGACACACUAUCUAAAAACCAAAAGUUUCUGGUGGGGUAACUAAAUAAAUUGUAAAAAUUGGCAAUUGUAUAUAGAAUUAAUUUUUCUGGUUAUAAUUUUUAAUAGAAUAUUCUGUAUCUGUUCCAAAGUCACAUGCUCAUCAUACAAUUUCUGGUAUGUAUUCCACGUGUAUUUUAAUUUUUCCUUGUUUUACUUUCUUUCUAAUGUUAUCUACAUAUUUUCUAUAUUCUCUUCUGGUUGUUCGAGCCAUGGUAUCUUCAACACGGCGUAUCAUCUCUUUAACGAAUAUCAGUAAAUUUAUAAUAAUUUCAUUACAUAUUGUAAAAAAAAAUCCUUAAUUAUAAAAUGAAUUUAUUAGAAGCUCUUAUCGAUGAGAGAAACCAUCUACGUUGGAAACGAGUUUCGAGAUUGUCCUCCCAAACUUAUUCUACAGUAAUGAGCGCCCUAAUAACCGUCAAAAUAGCGCAAAAGAUGGAGAACGUAUUAAGUUGUGAGAUAAAAAGAAAUGAAACUAGUCGAGCUGGAAAAUUUAGCGAAAUUAACCUUUAAAUUUACAUUAUCUUGAUUGUUUCCCACCUUUACACAUAUCAGAGGAGUAUGUCAACUAAAACUGUCACAGUGACAGUGGUAGUUUCCAAACUCGUCUGAUACGUGUGAAGGUGGGACACAAUCAAUAUAAUCUAAAUGUAUAAGUUAAUAUCGCUUAAUUUCCCAGCUCGACUAGUUUCAUGUCUUUUUAUCUCACAACUAAAUACGUUUUCCAUCUUUUGUGAUAUUUUGCCGGUUAUUAGCGCGCUCAUCACUGUAUAUUUACUAUUUAUAGUAAAAACUUAAUUAUACGAGAAUUUAAAAUGGUAUCAUCAGUUUUGAGGUGCGUGAAUAUAGAUUCAUCUUUGGCACUACAACACUUCAUGAGUCGUAAGUCUUCUUUAGAAUAUUCCGUCCUAUUUCUAGCAACUCUUCUUUAUCCUUUAGCUUCGGCGAAGAUAAUGUAAAUCUAGCGAUAACUCUAGAAAGUGUGGCUUUAAACUAGGGGAACAUUACAUGAAAAAUAAUCAGGAUUUCUUAAGGUUUUUAAAAGCUAAAGGUUGAUUCAUUUGAAAUACGAAAGUUCAUUAGAUUUCUAGGAAAACGGAAGAACUGACAACAACGUAAAUACCAUGUUUCUUUGUAUUAUGUUUACAGCUGCUCUAAAAAGCUGGUUAAAACGAGCACUUAUCCUGUUCUGAAGCUACUUCUUUUUGACAUCUUAAAGCAAUUUACUAUUUUACUUGGGAAAUAAGCUACAAUUAAGUUGAGCAAUUAUACCACGCCCUUCCAAGGCUACGCUUUCCUAAAAUCUUUCCCAGCCUGAUAUUCUGUAGAAGUUGGUAUUUUAUUCUUCACAUCAAGUGGCAAAAUUGUAAAAGGUAUAUUCACAUCAAUUGUAAAAGGUAUAACAUUUUAUUAAAAUCCCUUUAAAGGACUACAUCACAACAAAACGUUUUCGAUUUUAUAAAAAAAGCAUCAUCAGUGUUAGACAGAUUGGAUGCUAGCUGAGCCACCAAAGAAAUAUCGGGGUAAAAACCCUUUAAAUAUAAUGAAAUGCAUUAAAUGUGCAUAAUUAAAUAAAAUGCCUUAUGAUGGAUACAUGGCAACAACGAUAAUGCCCUUAGGUAAGGUAUUGAAUUUCCCAACACGUGGGAUGCCUAAAACGUUCAAAUAAACGUAGCAUCCCACGUGUUGGGAAAUUCAAUACCUUACCUAAGGGCAUUAUCUUUAUUGCCAUGUAUCCAUCAUAAGGCAUUUUAUUUAGGUAUGCACCUUUAAUUCAUUAUAUUUAAAGGGUUUUUUACCCGGAUAUUUCUUUGGUGACUCGGCUAGCAUCCAAUCUGUCUAACACUGAUGAUGAUUUUUUUUAUAAAAUCGAAAACGUUUUGUUGUGAUGUAACCCUUUAAAGGGAUUUUAAUAAAAUUGUAUACCUUUUACAAAGGAUUUUUUCCAAUUUUUGUGAUUGAUGGUAUACAUACAGCCAACUACAGUAAAAAAUGUCUUUUCCUUGUGGAAAAGGUAUUCUAGUUUUCAUAUAUUUUUUUCAUUAUUCAGUUCUGUCUAUUUUGAAAGUCUUCCCAAGAUUUCUUUCGUGAGUCUGUCUACCUAAGAUAUUCUCAGGAUUCAUUCUACUCAUCUUUGCUUUAGUCAGAGCAGCUUCCCCUAUACGGUGUAUAGGAGGAUACUAAAUACGUAACAUCUAAGCAAGCGCAUUUUUAUUUUAUUUUAGUCAUCAAGUUCCAUUGUAAAAAGUCCCUUUGCAAAAUCUUUUUCUCAUUUAUUAUAGUUCCAAGGUGUUCCAAUUUAUAUACACGUCUGAUAUGUGGCCAUCAAUCAGCCGUGUGAUGGAUGACCGAAGUUAUCUUUAACAUUUGAGUUAAAGUUAAGAUAACUUUCAGGGAUAACGUGUCCCAUAAUUAUAUACGUAAAUUCGGUGUAACGUAUCUAGUAUCUGUCGCCGUUAUGAGAUAGUUUUUUCUUCAACGUUAAAAGAAAAGAAAUAACAUUUGACUAACAAAGUGUGAAGUAACAAAGAGAACCUUACGUAGAAAUAGUACAAGUUGGAGUGAGCGUGAGAGAUUGAUCGGAACAUGCCCCAGGCUUGACAGGAUGGGACGAUACCCAUAAAAGCAGCGUUGCCAGAGUUGGUAAAAUUGUACCGAUUUGACACAAUUAACAACCAAACUUUUGAUACUAAAGUAUCUUAAAGUAAAAACCUCCAAUUUUGUGAUAUAAGAAAUUUUCUUCAAAUAACAUUAAACGACGUUUUUUUAAGUUUUUGUACAAAAUGUGUUGGUUUAGUACAUUUUGUGUCACUAUUUCAGUCAUUCCAGUGCAUUUACAAAAAUUUCUCUGGCAACACUGCAUAUGUUUAUAAAUUUCAACUAAUAUUCAACAAUUAUAUCUCGAGUUGAUUUUUGUAUGAUUUUUAAAAUUGUAUUACCUUUCUAUUCUUAAAUUAUUAGCUUUACUUUUUAUUGUUAAUUAUUAUUUUAAUCGUAUUAUUACCUACGGGCUUUUAAUUGUUUUUUGAAGUCUAUCUUUUUGAUAUUUUUAAUUUUGCACUGCUUUAUAUUUGAUAAUAAAUUAAUAACAUUCCGCACAAAAUCCUAGGACAACAUGAAGCAGCGUUCUUCGUUGAAUAUUCACUUGAUUUCUAUCUAAAAACAAGUCAAAAGAUGAACUAACCUUACAUAUCCUUACAUAACUAAAGAGUUAUCUCAUAACUUGAGGUUUAACGUCGCGUUAUAAAGUGACAGUUGAUAUCCUAGAUAACUCAAGAACUGUCAAGAAAUAACGCAAGUAGUUAAGUAUGAUACAUCACACCUAUUCGAGGAUUAUAACGUAACUACAGGAUAACUUUACGUUAACGAUAACUUCGGUCAUCCAUCACACGGCUGAAUAAUAAGUUGAGGAUUAUUAUUUGGAUUCUUGGUAAAGACUGGUUUCUUCAAGUUCAUAUUUAAGCCGUACAUACUUUUUGAACCAUUCUCUGCAAAUCUUCAAUAUUCUCUGUCAUUGACAAGUUGUCAUCUGCAUACCUCAAGUUAUCAAUAGGGUUUCCAUUUACUACAAUGCCAGGCUGUUUCGUUGUUCAGCCCUCUCGUAUAAUAACUUCCGAGUACAAGUUAAAUAGCAACGGAGAGAGAAUGCAACCUUGUCGUCCGCCUCUUUUAAUUUUGAUGUUAUCCAUUGUGUGUUAUCUAUUUUUAUGUGCGAUGUCUAGUUAUAAGUUAUCUAUUAUCUAUUAUUCUUUUAUCUCACUUGUCUAUUUGCUUUUGUUACAAAAUAGCAUGUGUUGGUCGUGUCUCUAUCAAACGCCUUUUCAUAAUCUAUAAAGCAGGCAUACACAUCUUUAUUCAUAUCCAAACAGCGUUGCGUUAAUACAUUUAAACAGAUUAAACCAUCACUAUAAUCCUACUCCAUUACGACGUCCGAACUGUGUGUUGCUUAAGUUAGGAUUCAAUUUUUUGUAAAUACGGUUGUGUAUAAUUUUAAUGCUACAGUGCUACAGUUUACAAUAACAGUAACUAUUUACAUGUACACAUCUGUAUUACAUAUGUAGUUUCAAAAUAUGCUGUUUAUUGUUUAUUCAAAAUAUGCCUUUCGGCGCGCAGUCCAUUUUCUAACCUAAAAAUUUUGUAGUGUUCAUCUGAUUUUAUUGUUAUAUAUGAGUAGUUUUUCAGAACGGGUGUUCUGUGGUAAAUUUGAUACAAAGAGUGAGUUUUAUGUAUGGAAACACUCAACUAUCUCGAAAACGGGCUUGCACGAUUUUUAUAGGUUUUGGUAGAUAGGGGUUUUCUAAUGCUGCCGAUAUUGUAGUGCUAAUUACAUUGUUGUCAGAUCUUCCGUUUUUCUGGAAAUCCAAUGAAUUUCGUUUUCAAAUGGACUAUCCUAUAUAUUUUUUGCGUUUUAAAGUCCCUAAGAAAUACUGAUUAUUUUUCAUGUUAUAUUCCCUAUACCUAAAUGCCAUACUUCCGUAGUUAUUGCUGCAUUUAUUAAAAAAAAUUUAAACAAAUUAUAAAAAUCGAUUUUUUCGACCCAGAUAGACAUUAUCUUUCGUUCUUUGGAUCAUUGUGAACAAAAAAGCUCUUUUGUAAUUUUUCUCUAAAAUUAAUCGUUCUCAAGUAAUAAACAAUUUAAAACUGAAAAAUAUCGAUUUUCAAGGUCCAAAAACACAAAAAUAUAAAACAAAAAUGUACACCAUUUUUAUUCAGUUGCAAUGCGAAGGCAAAACAAUCUUAUUUUUCACCCUUUUUCACUUUACCUUACAAAAAUAUAAUUUUUGAAAUUACGAAGCGCCUAAAUGCAAGGUCAACUCUUCUUCUAAUAGCUUGACAUAAGAGUUUUUGGCUCGUUUUAAUCUAAAACGUUUUUAAUUGUUAAUGAAGUGCAUAUGAGAGGACGGGCGAUCUGGCAACAUUAACAACUAAAAAACAAUGUUUUACAAUUAAACGAGCUCAAAUUACUUAUCGGUAACUGAUAAAAUAAGGCUUGAACUUCAAUUUGGGUACUUCGCAGUUUGAAAAAAUAAUAUUUUUUAUUUAUGUUUUUAACCUUAAAAAUCGUCAUUAUUUGAUUUUUUUCAGUUUUAAAUUGUUUAAUUUUAGAGAAAAAUUGCAAAAAAAUUUUUUGUUCGCAAUAGUCCAAACAACCUAAAAUAAUGUUUACCCGGGCCAAAAAAAAAAUGAUCUUUAUAAUUUGUUUAAAAUUUUUUUUAAACAAAUGUAGCAAUAACUCCCACACUAUGGCAUUUAGGUAUAGGGAAUGUAACAUGAAAAAUAAUUAGUAUUUCUUAAUGACUUCAAAACACAAAAAAUAUACGGGGUAUUCCAUUUAAAAUAAGAAAGUUCAUUAGAUUUCCAGAAAACGAAAAAUCUGACAACAAUGUAAUUAGCACUAGAAUAUCGGCCACAUUAGAAGAUCCCUAUCUACCAAAAUUUAUAAAAAUCGUGCAAGCCUUUCUGAGAUAAUUCAGAGUUUCCAUACGUAAAACUCACUCUGUAUAUUUAUAUACAUAUUCGUAUACAUAUUUGUAUACAUAUUCCUUAGUAGUCCAGAAAGCCACUGCGCAUCCGCUAGGAAAAAUAUUCCGAUUCGGAUUUUUUGCACAAUCAUAUUCAAAAAGGACCCCUUUUAACAAAUUUACAUACUGCCAAGACCAAAAGUGGGUCAAAAAUUUUUUAAAUGUUUUUUUUGUUUUUUUCUUAAAAUUGUUUUUUUUUUGCAUGAAACAAAAGUUUUUUUUUAGGUUUUUUUUGGACAGAUCUCUUCCAUUCCAAUUCCAAACAGAAAAGGUCUUUAGUGACUUUUCUCUAAAAUUGAUAGUUUUCGAAAUAUAAGCGAUUAAAAAUUGAAAAAUUUCGAAAUCGGCCAUUUUUAACCCUCAAAAACUAUGUGAAAAACUGAAAAUUUUAAUGCUGCCAAGGUAGGUAGAUAUUCUUUAAACAUCGAUUGAAGAAAUCCCGAAGAGUUUUUUUGCAAUACAAGAUUCAAAACUCCUUUGUUUUUUAAUUGCUAAUCAAGCGUGCGCAAUACUAUUUUCCACCGUUGCAUGUGUAUACAGUAUGGUGCAAAUGAAAGGAAUAAAUUCGUUAUUUCGUAAACCGGCGACGUUAAGGAAAAAUCCCGCAACAGGUCGAUUUUUAUUUUUAAGUUAUGCUAUUGUGGCAUAUAUGGUAUAUUAGUGACGUCAUCCAUCUGGGCGUGAUGACGUAAUCGAUGAUUUUUUUAAAUGAGAAUAGGGGUCGUGUGCUAGCUCAUUUGAAAGGUUCUUCAAUUCUCUAUUCAGUAAUAUAAACAUUUACGUAAUUAUUUAUACAGGGUGUCCUGUUUUGUCAAAUAAUUUAAUUUAAUAAAAAUUUUUUGGACACUCUGUGUAAAUAAUUAUGUAAAUGUUUAUAUUACUGAAUAGAGACUUGAAGAACCUUUCAAAUGAGCUAGCAACGACCCCCAUUCUCAUUUAAAAAAAUCAUCGAUUACGUCAUCACGCCCAGAUGGAUGACGUCACUAGUAUACCAUAUAUGCUACAAUAUAAUAACUUAAAAAUAAAAAUCGACCUGUUUCGGGAUUUUUUCUUAAAGUCGCCGGUUUACGAAAUAACGAAGUUAUUCCUUUCAUUUGCACCAUACUGAAUACACGGUGGAAAAUAGUGUAGCGCACGCUUGAUUAGCAAUUAAAAAAUAUUGGAAACAUUCAAAUUUUCAGUUUUUCACAUAGUUUUUGAGGGUCAAAAAUGGCCGAUUUCGAAAUUUUUCAAUUUUUAAUCGCUUAUAAUAUGUCAAAAACUAUCAACGUUAGAGAAAAGUCACUAAAGACCUUUUCUGUUUGGAAUGAUCCAAAAAACCUAAAAAAAACUUUGUUCCAUGCAAAAAAAAAUAAUUUUAGGCAAAAAACAAAAAAUAACGUUUAACAAAAUUGUUGACCCACUUUUGGUCCUGGCUACAUGCAAAUUUGUUAAAAGGGAUCCUUUUUGAGUAAGAUUGUGCAAAAAAUCCGAAUCGGAAUAUUUUUUCUAGCGGAUGCGCAGUGACUUUCUGGACUAUUGUUCGACAUCACUUUCACAUGUGAAAGAAACGUCAAUUAAAUUUUUAUUUUCCAUAUUUAUUUAUUUUUCCUUUAUACUAUUGUACAAAUAUUCUAUAAACUAAUAUACAUACACGUACUACAAUUUUUCGAGAUAAAUUUUACUAUUUCAAUUCGUUUAGUAAGAAAGCGUGUUUAAUGACCCAAGUACAGGUGAUGUUGGCUAUUAAAAUUGUAAAUACUUUUUUGUACUUGUAUCGUGGAUGAAAAAAAAUUGAAAAAGCUGUCCGUUAUACACAUGAUAUAGAUGGCACAUCGGUUAUUUUUUAUCAGUAUUAUCUGAAGAUAAUGUGAAUGGCUUUGUUCUUCAGCGAGGUACAGAAUCUCUAGUUGACUGAUUAUUUUUUUCAUAUAAUUGUAAAAUAACUACUGUCAUAAAUAAGUUGUGUUGUGCUUAUCAUAUCCAAUAUCCACCUUUUCAUACUUACCAGUAAAUUCUGUAAUAUAUUUACAAUAAUGGAAGAAAAUAAAGUGCAUUUAAUGUGA